CGGAUCCGGACUCUAUAUCCGGUUGAAAGGGCGCGCCGGCUUCCGCCUCGUUUGCUGUCUUAAGGGAACCGCGGAGACGUCGGGAAGAACGCGGCUCGGAGUCAGUGCGGGCCGCCCGUCUUCGUGCAAGGGGGGGAGGGCGGUCUCGGGUUAUCAAGAAUUGGGGAAGGUUAAGUAGGUGAAAGGAUGAAGCUCUACAGUUUAAGUGUCCUUUACAAAGGAGACCCCAAAGUGCAUUUACUGAAAGCUGCAUAUGAUGUGUCAUCAUUUAGCUUUUUCCAGAGAUCCAGUGUUCAAGAAUUCAUGACCUUCACUAGCCAGCUGAUAGUUGAGCGUUCAGAGCCUGGCAGCAGAGCCUCUGUAAAGGAACAAGAAUACCUUUGCCAUGUUUACGUGCGGAAUGAUGGACUGGCAGGAGUGGUGAUUGCCGACAAUGAGUAUCCAUCUCGAGUGUGUUUUACUUUGUUGGAUAAGGUGCUGGAUGAAUUCUCCAGGCAGAUUAAUAGGAUAGACUGGCCUUCUGGAACCCCAGCAACAAUAAACUACACAGCAUUGGAUGGAUACCUUAGUAAAUAUCAGAAUCCUCGUGAAGCAGAUGCAAUGACCAAGGUGCAAGCAGAACUGGAUGAGACUAAAGUCAUUCUGCACAAUACAAUGGAGUCCCUGUUAGAACGAGGAGAAAAACUGGAUGACUUAGUCUCCAAGUCAGAGGUUCUUGGAACUCAGUCGAAAGCCUUCUACAAAACUGCCCGGAAACAGAACUCGUGCUGUGAAAUCAUGUGACACGCGUUGCUUCAACCCACUACAUGCUGUGGACUGUCGGGCUUUCAUUCAUAUUCGGGACUCUGGAAUGAAACAGUAAGAAGAUACAACCCCAAACUAUCUACAGUGGCAGUCCAUGCUUCCAGAGGUAACCAGUGCAACCAAACAGGGUAUAUGGAAUGGAAAAUGAGGUUGGGGUUCAUGAAGUUAUAGCAAUCUUUUCUUCCUGUUCUUGGACAGAAGGCAUCUUGGACAUUAAGCUGCUUGUAUUAUAUGGGGAUGAAGAUGGGUACUGACUUUCCCACUGGUAUGAAAGGGCCUCUUAUUUUAGCAGUGUGGGUGAUUGCUGCUUUGUUCAACUUCGUGGGGCUCCUGGACUCUCUCUGAAAUUUUCAAGCAGAAAGAUCUGCGUCUUAUGCCCUCUAUUGCUGUUUGCAUAUGUAACACUAACAAAGCAGUAUGACCUUCUGGAGGUUGAGCCAGUACCAGGAUCUGUUUUGCCAGUAUCAGUGCUGUAUCUGGUGAUGGCAAGUUCCCUUGUGUGCUAAAAUACAGUAGGUCCCCUGUAUUUGCUGUUCCAGCUACUGCGGUUUCAUUCUUCUGUUGUCCCCCACCCCACCCCAUCUGCCUCUUUGGGCCAGGGAAUGGCACCUCCUCCUGGCGGCUGUUUCAAGGGAUGGAAAUGAGUCAGAGUAUUUCCUCAAACAGGACAGGUUGCUGGUGGCUCAGAUGCUUCUUAGCACCUCCCUCCUGCCUUCUGCCCACUUGUCUCAGCAUAAACCACCAGCAAGCACCAGUUGCUCCUGCUCAAACCCGGAUAUGUCAAAGUGGGAAUGUGAUGUGUCAACUAUGGCAGGUCAGAAGAGAGAGGAACAGCAACACCUGCGGACUGAAUGGCUUCCUUGUGGCCCACCUCCCUUUGCUUUUGAGUUCCCUCCUGUCCAUGGUGGAGGGGGCUUGGAACCCAUCCCCUCUGGAUACAGGGGUCCUUUUGUAGUCCCCCAUGCUAGCUGUAGGGAUGAGGCAGAAGCAUCAGUCUCCAUCUUUUUCUGAGUCUCCAGGGUACCAUAUGUGGAUUGAAAUACUGAUGGAAAAACCAAGGAUGGUGUGAGAACUGGAUCUGCUUCAGAAUUUAGCAGAAGAACUCCAUAGGAAUGGGGUGAAAAUGGCUUGACAUCUAAUUUCUCUAUAGGUACAGGGGAAUGUGUCGUAUCUUGAAGCUAGUUUUGCCAAUGAGAUAAGCAGCUUUUAUCAGCUAAUUUUCGCACCCUUCAGUACUGCCACUUGCCAGGCACAUUUAAAAGGGCAUGGUGUGUCACCACGUGUUGGAUAUCUCUUACAUCUAAGAUGGUUUGGGGACUAGAUCAGUUUUCUACUAAGUGGUUUUUAUUGCUUUUGUCAUGAUGUGGAAGACAUGUUUUGCACUCUGGCCACUCCCCUUCACUGGCAACAUAAUGUUAAUGGUUACUGUUUGGUGGUGUAUCUCCCAUUGUGUUGACCAGCAGCCAUGAGUGUUACAUUAUGCUGUUGCCCAGAAGCAUCACCUACUGCUUUGUACCAGGAACUGUACCAGAGUCUUGUGUAGUGUGACUUGUCCUGUAUUGGGCAUACGUCUGUUAGUGUUGUCUUGUGAUGUUGUUGGCUGGGUGUACAUUGACACACCACCUACCCCCAGAGUUUGCCCUUGCUGGCUGUUUUUGUGUAAAUCCCAAAAAUGUUAAUGCUUUGGUCUUGCUGUCAAGGAUGCCAGAAAUCUAAGGCCUGUUCUUUUUGGGAAGUAGGCUUUGCUGUUCCACAGCUAGCAUUUCCCCCUCAGAGUUCCUUUUCCAAGCCACAGUGGCAAUAGAUGUGAAUGCACAGAGGUGACAGAACCCAUUGCUAAAAGUCAGUCUUUAUCUGACUGGGAUCCCUAAGAGAAACAGUUCAGAAAGGAGUUGUGGUUCCACAACAUCUGAGGGGCUGCAGCUUCCCUCUCCUAUUCCAGAUAGUCCAUUGAAGUGACACCAUUUGCAGAGCAUCUUCCAUGAGGGCUGUGUUAUUGUGUAGAAGAGGACAAAUGUCAGGAUACCCAAAGCAGAGCUGAGCAGGAGUGCAGUUCCUGACUUGCAUUCCUUUCAGUUCUUUUUUGGUUCUCUGGUUGCCUACCAGAAGUUGUUUUCAUAAACUCCUGAGCAAGGAUCACUACCAAACUGCAAACCACGUGCAGUUUAUAAACAUACGCUCGGCCAAGGGUUGAAGGAGUGAAAUGGGGCAAGUGAGAACCUCAGAGUUUUAAAGAGUUUCUGUUCUCUUCAAUGACCUAUGCAGUGGUGAGUGUAGUGGUUGACUUUAGUCCGUUCCACUGCACUUAGCUCUGUGCCUUGCCUGGGAAGAAAUUGGGUCAAAGAGCACAUCUUGGCCAACUGCAGACUUGAAUCAACAAUGUGCAGAAGGCUGUAUUGGCAAAAUCAAUGCAGCAACCUUCUUAGUGCCAGGAAUCACCAGCCUUAAUUUUUCUUUCCUUCUGCCCAUUUUCUGUACCCAAAGGCAGUUGUAUGUUUUGUAAAGUCCAUCUUCGUUGUGGUUAGUUAUCUUCCUUUAUGGGCUGUUGCUUUGAUCCAGAUGAGCUCUCUUAACAGAAGAGGAUGGAUAGAGAACUGCAGUGAGUUCUUUUACUACCUUCUGCAGUGGACAGUUCUUCCAGCUGGUCAGUCUUUCAUUGAAAAUGGACUUCAGAGAUGCGCCCAGAGAGGUAUAGAGAAAAUUAAUUAUAUAGAUGUGUCUCCCCACCCUGGCUCAUGUGUCCUCAUCUGGUCUUACUUUUCUUUAUAGUGUGGAAACUUUUACUGAAGAUUGUAUUUUAAUGUUACUUAACUUUCCUAUGUAUUGGAUUAUACCUAUGUGUAUAAAGUUAUCACUUGAAUAUUAAAAUGGCUGUGUCUCAUCUUA